UGCUGGGCAUCUGGUCAUUUCCAAAGUCAAUCAGCUGAGCGAGGGUUAGUACCAUUGCCGGCCGAGCAUCAGUGAAAGCGACGUUGAAGAAUACGGUUCCCACUUAAAAGUUGCUUAUCUCAAUGAUUUCGCCAAAACGGCCAUUGACCCGCCCCCGCCGCUCUCCAAUGGUCAUCACUAUUAUUUCGCCGAGUACUCGACAGCCGAGUUGACUUGCAUUGCACCCGAUGGUCUUUCACCGCCAACCAUCUGGUGGGAGGGACCUUCCGGUCAGGUCUUGACUCCGCCGUCGCCAACCGCCGAUUCCAUUCUCCUCCUGACCAGGGUUUUAAACGAAGACGCUGGCACGUACAGAUGUCGGGCCGGAAAUGCAGCCCGCAACGUGUCCAUUCAAGUUAACCUGGUGGUGACCUCUCCACCGAUGGUCCAGCAACAUCCUGUGAGCGCUACACUCAACGAAGAUGAAACGGCGUCGAUGAGCUGCACAUUUUCAGGAUCGCCAGCACCGGCGACGACCGUCCAGUGGUUGAAAGACGGGCAGUCGCUAUUCGAUCCGCCCAAACCCAUCCAUGGCCUCCGCAAUUCAACACUGAAAUUCGUCACGGCCAACAAGAGACAUGGCGGCAACUACGCGUGUCGGUUGAAAACCAUUGGUCACCAUCCGGUCGAUUCUCAAACGGCCACUUUGCAUGUCCGAGAAAAAUUAAAGUUUACUGUGCCACCGGUGGCCAAGAGCUUGGAGCUUGGCACAGUCCGCAAGAUUUUGUGCAAAGCUCAAGGCAAUCCAGCUCCCAUCGUCCAAUGGGUGAAGGAAGGCUUGAAGCCGUUGCUGGUCUGGCCGCCACACAUCGAAGACGUCAACGGAACGCUCAUUUUUCACGGAGUCCAGGACGAUGAUGCCGGCCAAUACACUUGCAUCGCCACCAAUUCUCAAGGGCUCAUCAGCGCUUCCAUCUUGAUCAACGUGACGAUGUCGCCACAUUUUACGUCGCUACCCAACAACAUCACGUUCGCCAAGGAAGGCACGAAAGUUGAACUGCAUUGCAGAGCGGAAGGUUACCCUGCCCCGACGAUUCAAUGGGAUCGAGAUUCCGUCAUGGACGGAUUUACUUCUGAUCGAUUCUCUGUGGAUCGAAACGGGACGUUGACAAUACAAAAUGUCCAGCAAGAGGAUCAAGGAUUUUACGGAUGCACGGCUGGUAAUGCCGGAGGAUUUAAAAGGGCAGAGUUUCGAUUGGUGGUGAAAGAUUGGGAAUACCAAUCAGGUGAUUACGACGGUGCUGAAUCCAUCGCCAAGACUAUAAUAAUCACGUUAGGAGCGGCCGCUGCCCACAUCUUCUUGUCGGUUGGUUUGUUGAUUUGGUGUCGAUUAAGACGACGCCAAAGAAAAUUGCGAUCGCCUAAUGACGGCGGUGCUGGUGAUGCAGAAGCUCAACUCGACGUUCAAACAGCUUUGCUGACAAAAGUAGAUUGUCGUCAGUCUCCGGCCAUUGACAAGUUAAAUGUUCCCAACUCCUCAAUCACUAAAGGAGCAUUACAAGGCAAAAGGCCGGUUUGGAGAUAUCCUUGAAGGCUCCGUAACUGGUCUGAGUUCAGCAGAAGGCAGCACUCGUGUUUUACUCAGGAUAUUGAGUACUCGAGACGAGGACCUGAACAUUGAAUUCCGUCUACAGGUGGAUAUGUUCCAUCGAGUCCGCCACGCCAAUUUGGUGGCCG